AUCUUAUUAACUGAACUACAAACUUGUGUACGCGUGUUACGCAUUUCUUUGUUUUAAAGUGACUAAAUUUCCGCAAAAAAUCGAGAUAAUUGUUCAAUUCUAUACAAAUUUAAAAAAAUCAAAAUAAAAGAAUUGGAAUUCAUUGAAAAUACAGAAGAAUGGCGAACAGAGAAGUUAUAGAGGAGGAUGGUAAUUUUUAUCACGUAGAAAAGACAGUAGGAAUUAAAAAGUAUGUACACUGUCAAAAAAAAAAUUCUAAGAAGUGUCCAGUUCGUGGUGUGAAAGUUCUGGAUCGGCCGAUAACAUUUUUUAUAUCACAACACAAACAUUCGAGUGAAUUUUUAAAUAAUCAUAUUAAACGGUUCCGAAAUGAUCUCAAAAUAGCAAGUAAAAAAUGUUUCUAUUCGACCGAAGAUAUUUAUGAAACUGUUUCAAGUUUUUACCCUGAUGCAAAGCUUAGAUUACCAUUUACAUUAAUCAGGACCGCAAUGAAUAAUUGGCAAAAAAAAAUAUUCGUUGACUUGCCAGCCCCUACUACUUAUGAAGAUUUGACAAAUAUGUUAUCGAGACGUGAAUACUUGAAAUUAAAAGAGUAUGCUGAUGGCAGAUUCAUAAAAUUAUAUAACGUGGAAAAUGAUGCUUUAUUAUUGGGUGAUCCAGAAUUUGCUCAAUCUUUUAUGUUUGAUGUUUUGCAUGUUAGCUCAACAAUGAAAGUUGUUCCUCAUUUUGGAAAUACUCGUCUGCUAACUUUUUUAUUGGGUCAACACCAUCAUUACGUCUUUCCAAUUGGAAUAAUUUUAUGGUCUACACAAACGUAUGAAACCUGCGCCACAAUAAUGUAUAAUGUGCGAAAUUUAUUAAUACCUGGCAUUCAUCUUCGUAAAAUAUAUACCGAUUUCGACUUUAAAGGGCAUAUAAAAACAAAUUUUCCUGAGAGCCAAGUGUGUGGCACAUUUAAUAAUUAUUGCCGUAUAUUAUUUUACGAAUCUUUUGAAAAAAACGUACAAUUUGUCAAUGUUGGUCAAGAAAAUUUCUUGAGAAAUUGUAUGUCCCUGAUUUUAUUACCGAGAGAAAUGAUAGCUGAUGGAUUUCAAGAGUUAAUUAAUUCAUUAACACCUCAAUUGCAAAAUGAACUCUCGGAUUUUAUAAAUUACUUUCGAGAAACAUGGAUACAAGGAGUUGGGGUUGAAUCAAUGAGUCUAUUCGAAGAUACCGACAGCCUUAAUACAGUUCCAGUUUUGUUUUGGUCGUUAUUGCAUAACAACAUGAAUGAUAACCCAUCGCUAUGGGAGUUUAUAAAAGAAUUGAUAAUUAUAAUGAACAAGUCUAAAAAAGAAAUUGAACGCUUGGAUCAGAGUAGAUCAUCAUAUAUUUCACUAGCUCCACGAGUCAGAUUGUGUAUCCCAAAAAAGUUAAUUGUUGAUUUGUGGAAAUCAUUAAAACAAGGUAAAGUGACGGUUCAACAAUUUUUAACUAGUGCAACUACAUACCAUACAGAUCAUUAUCAUGAUGUGCUCCAUCACGCUGAAAUAUUGCAAGAAGAACAGCUUGAUCUAUACCCAAGACUUGAUAAUAAUGAUCAUAUGCCAGCUGACAACAGAGAAGAAGCAGAAGAUUUACAACAUCUUGAAAUCGGAUAUGAAAUUAAUGAUGGAAAUGCUGAAUACUUGGAGCCGAUUAAUGAACAAGAUGAUGAUAUGAAUGAAGAAAAUUUAAAUAAUGAUAAUAAUGAAAAUAACGCAGAAGAAGAAAACGACGAAGAGGUGGAUAUUCAGAAUAUUUGUAUGAUUUGUGUGACAGAAGAUCGAAAAAUGAUUUGCAUUCCAUGCAAUCAUUACGGCAUGUGUUAUAAUUGUUCUCAACAAAUACGUAAAGUUGCUGCUGAAAAACGUCUACAAUUAAAGUGCCCUUUUUGCAACGAGCCAGUGCAGAACUUUGCUCGUGUAUUUGAAAUGAUAAGAAACAUAUGAUCACAAUUGCAUAAGUAUGUUUUUUAACAACAAAACUAUAUGUUUUUUAACAAAAAAAAUAUAUAUUGAAAUUUUAUUUAUUAAUUAUAUUAAC